CCUCCCUGGUGCUGCGGUUCAACCCGGCAUUACACUGACUGUGGGGGGACUGACUUGUAACUGUCGCACAUCGACCAACGCUGCUACAUGAAGCCAAAGCGGCUUGCUGCAGGACUUUCAGCAGGAUCCGGAGCAGGGAUGCCUCUCCUCUGUCUCUGACCGUGUUUUUAGCACCUGUCUCAUCCCGGCUCCGGCUCCAGCACCUACAGUUUGCCUGCUUUGGCAGCCAGACGUCGUGGUUUGAUGUUAUUCUACGUCGAAUAAAAACGGUUACCCUUUUACCCAAAAUAACGACCUUUUGGGAGAUUUUCUAGGAGAGCAGCGAUGGCAGAACAUCUCUCUCAGAGUGAGCUGGACUACCCAUUCAAACUUCUGGAGUAUUUCAACGGCUUCAGAGUAUCAAAGGUGAUAUUUUCAGCCUGUGAGCUUGGAGUGUUUGACCUCCUGCUUAAAUCCCAGGAGGCCAUGAGUGCCCAACAUGUGGCACAAGAACUGGGCACCAGUGUGGACGGGAUGGAGAGGUUGCUGGAUGCCCUAGUGGGAAUCGAAAUCCUCGAGGUGGAGAGGGCAGAAGGAACAGCAGCUUUGUACAGCAGCUCAGAUGUAGCUAACCUUUACCUGGCCAAAGGCAGCGCUAAAUCUCUCCAUGACAUGAUCAUCUACCAGUCCCAAACCAUCUACCCUCUGUGGAACAACAUGGUAGAUGCCAUCAGGGAGGGGAGGAACCAGUAUGAAAAGACCUUUGGCCUUCCAUCUGAUGAUGUUUUCCAAGCAAUUUACAGUUCUGAGGAGGAGAUGCUAAAAUUCAUGGGGCUGAUGAACUCUUCAUGGGUUCUUGAUGGACACGACGUUGUGACAGCAUUCGACCUCUCUUGCUUCCAGAAGAUAAUUGAUCUUGGAGGUUGCACUGGUGCUCUGGCCACUGAAAUGGCAAGGGCAUAUCCCGCAUCUUCCAUCACCGUGUUUGACCUACCAGAGGUUGUAGAAGCGGCUCAGAAACAUUACUCACAAGAGGGCAAUGGUGUUGCAUUUCAAUCAGGAGAUUUCUUCAGAGGUGAUAUUCCUAGUGCAGACCUGUAUGUCUUGGCCAGAAUCGUCCAUGACUGGACUGAAGAGAAGUGCCUGGCACUGCUGAAGAAGAUCUAUGAGGCUUGUAAGCCUGGUGGAGGCGUCCUGCUGAUAGAGGCGCUGCUGUUUGAAAAUAGACGAGGGCCUCUCAUGGUUCAGAUCUUCUCCCUCAACAUGCUGGUGCAGGCGGAAGGCAGGGAGCGCUCCCCAUCUGAGUAUACAAACAUGCUCAACAAGUCGGGUUUCCACAAUGUUCAGGUCUGCAGGACCGGGAAGUCCUAUGACGCCAUCUUGGCUAUCAGAUGAGCUCAGAAACUCAGAGGGAAAGAAAUAUGGCAGUGAUUUAAAACACUCAAAUGUUUUGUUGGGGUUAGGAGACAAACAUGAAACUUGAACCUUUGUCAAGUUCAACUCAGUGUACUUCUCAGAUGAUCUUCUGAAGUCACGUAUCUACUGGAUAAUAGGUCAUGUCAAUAUUUGAUGUUCUGUUAGUAUUCCUACCCCUGAAAAUAUUUCCAUGUAUUUUAUUUGAAUUUUAUGUGAUAGACCAAGGGUUCCAUAAAUUUUCACCCUGCCCCCUAAAAUAUUAGUAACAGAAACUGGUGACACCCUAAAAAUGCAUAUGAUUAUUUUACUCUAUAUUUAUUUUUUAAAUAAAUAAAUAUAAAGUUUCUUAAUUCAAUGGUAUAUUUAAUUAUUUAAUAAUGUAUUAAAUAAAUAAAUGGUACAAUUAAAUUAUUUAAAUGGACAUUUAUUGGUACAUUUCUUUAUUUCAUGAUAUAUUUAUUUAGUUAAUUUUGGCCCUCCGUACAUCUCAGGGGUCACAUCGCAAUAAUUCUGAAAAUCAUCUCGCUACUGCCCACUUGGUGUCGCACAACCCCCACUUUGGGAACCCCUGUAAUAGACCAACACAAAGUAGAGCUCUGCCUUGAAGUGGAAAGACCAGGAUACCCAUUGUUUACCAAAUGUUUUCCAAAUAAGUAUCUGAAAAGAUUGCCAUGCAUAUGUAUUCACACCCCUUCACUCUGAUAGCUCUAAAUAAGGUCCAGUUGCCAAAGCUAGCUGCCUUUAGAAGUGUUCUAAUUAGUUAACGUGUUUAAUUUUAACUUGGCAUAUAUACAGCUUUUCUGUGAAAGCCUUGAGGAUUUAGGUUUGUUGUGCUGCUGGAAGAAGAACCUUUGCCUCAGUCAUGAAUCUUUUGCAGCCUCUAACAGAUUUUCUUCCACCAUUGUCCUAUAUUUCUCUCUAUCCAUCUUCCCAUCAACUCUGAGCAGCUUCCCUGUACUUGCUGAACAAAGGCCUCCCCACAGCACCAACAUGUGUCAGCCUGAGUAGGUUUGUUCAGGGUUAUGCACCUGCCACAUAAAGCAUUUCUUCUAUAGGCCACAAAGUUGAGCCAUAGUUUCUUUUGACAUUUAACGGCACAUUUUGCGGUGCCCCCUGCAUGUGACAAACUUUCAACAAUGGCUUUCUUCCUGCCAUUCACUGUUCCAUAAAGGACAGAAUUGUGGAGUGCAUUACAAGUGCUUGUCCUGUUAAGAGAUCUACCUACAGAGCUUUGGAUCUCUGUAGUUCCUCCAAAGUUACCGGAGGUCUCUUGGCUUCUUCUCUAACUAAUGCUCUCCUUGCCCAUCCUCUGAGUUUAUGUUUUGAUAAGUUUGGAGUUGUGCCGUACGCUUCCAAUAUUCAGAUGAUGUUUUAUGAGAUCCUCGAAGCUGGCAACAUGGAUUUAUGACCAAACCCUGGUCUGUCCACUAUGCUUCUUUUUCUGCAAGCUAUUUGUUCACUAAUGUGGAGUCUGAGAAACAUCCAUAAAUGUAAAAAGGGUGAAUAAAAUGCAUCGCACACUUUUAAGAUUUUUACUUAUAACGCUUUUAAAAAAAAACAUGUUAAUUGUUCUUCCACAUCACAGUUUUUCAGUACUAUGUGUGGGUCUGUCGGAUAAAAUCACAAUAAUUAAACUUUAUGGUUCUAACACAACAAAAUGUGGAAAACAGGGAAAACAAUGAAGUCAUAUUCAGUAAAUCAAUAGAGCUAGGCUUUAUGGAAGAGUGGCCAGAAAAAAAAAAAACAUUACUUAGUGUUACAAAUAAGAAGGCACGUUUUGAGUUUUCCAAAAGGUUUCUGGGCAGCUCUCCAAAUGUAUGGAGGAAGGUACUCUGGUCAGAUGAGACUAAAAUUAAAUAUUUCAGUCACCAAGAAAAACGACAUGUCAGGUGCAAACCCAACACACCCUAUCACCCCAAGUAAACCACCCCCACAGUGAAACAUGGUGGUGGCAACAUCAUGCUGUGGGGACAGUUUUCAGCAGCAGGGACUAGGAAAGCGGUCCGAGUCCAGGGAAAGGUGGAUGGUGCUAAAUACAAAGAUAUUCUUGAGUAAAACCUGUCAGUCUGCCUGUGAUUUGAGACUGAGACGGAGAUUCAUCUUCCAGCAGGACAAUGACCUGAAGCAUACUGCUAAAGCAUUAUUCGAGUGGUUAAAAGGGAAAUGUUUAAAUGUGUUGGAACGGUCUAGUCAAAGUCCAGAUCUCAAACCAAUUGAGAAUCUGUUCACAUGCAAAAACCAUCCCAACACGAAGAAGCUGGCCCAGUUUUGCCUUGAACAAUUGGCAGAAAUCCCAGGUGAAAGAUGUGGCAAGCUCACAGAGACUUAUCCAAAGAGACUUGUUGCUGCAAAAGGUGGCUCCAUAAAGUACCAACUUUAGAGGGGGUGAACAGUUAUGCACGCUGAAGUUUGCUUUUAUUUUGUUCUAUUUGUUGUUUGCUCCAGGUUGUGAGGCAACAAAACAUGAAAAAAUGCCAGGGGAUGAAUACUUUUGUUUUUCUGUUUAUUUUAUUCUGAUGCUUUUCGGCUUACAGCAAAUGAAAACAUAACAUUUAAGAUUAAAAUAUGACUAGAAUAUAAUCAGAUUGAUAAAAAUACAUUUUUUAUACAGAAAUUUGGGCUAAUGAAAACUAUGUUUAAUACCUGCUUAAAUGUUAUUUUGAAAAUGUACUUUUAAUUUGACAGAAAAGCCUCAUUGGUAUCCAUAUUCUAAUUUAUCGAAUAUGACUGCUCUUUGCAAGGCCAUUGAGGAACAUUAAAAGUCAAAAUAACUCAACAGGAGUGCUAUAUUUUGCUCUUUACAAUAUAUAUGUGAUUAUCUAUUAAAACAGAAAGGCUGUAGUAAACUAUAUUAGGUAUAUUACGUAAAAGUCAUGCCUAAACAUUAUUCUAACUCUAGAAAUCUUUGAAUCUGGAGCUGUAUGAAAUGUUUCUAUAAUCUCAUAGAUCUUCUGUUUUGCUUUUUUUUUUUACACUUAAAUGUUUCAGAUCAUCAAACAAACCUUAAUAUCAAGGAAGAUAACCUAGAUAAAGUUAUUUUCAAAUGAUUAUUUCAUUUAUUAAGCAAAAAAGCUAUUCAGAACAACCUGGCCCCAUGUGAAAAAAAUUGCACCUUUAUUUAAUCUUAAAUCUACUGUGAUUGAAAACGUUUCUAGUUCAAUUUCACUAGCCACACCCAGGCCUCGUCACCACUAGAUCUGAAACUGUCUGACAACAUUAAUUACAUUAAUUAGGCUUAAAGAUUUUAAAAAGCAACACAUGAAGCAUUGAUCUAACAACAUUCAAGAACAGAUGAGAAACACUCAUUGACUGGAAAUGGUUACAAAGUCAUUUCUAAGGCUUCAAAACUCCAGGGAACCACAAUAGGAGCUGCUAUUCACAAAUGGAAACAACCUAAAACAUCUUUUAAAGCACUGCAGAUCUUACCUUUCCGAGGUAAUGGCAGUGUUCGUGAUUCAGCAAUAUGAGAGAGACUAGGCAAAUAUGGCCUACAUGAAAGGCCAAAACCACUGCACAUUUAAAAAAAAAAAACAUUUUGGUGAUCUUCAAGACUUUUUUGGAAAAUGCUUUGUGGACUUACAAGACAAAAGUGGAAUUUAAACAUGUGUCCCAUUACAAGUGCUAAAACUAGUAUUUCAGAAAAACGAUAUCAUACCAACAGUCAAACACGGUGGUAGCGUGAUGGUCUGUGGCUUCCGGAUCUCCGGCCAUCAGUUCAUGAUCUUAAGCUUAGGCACACUUGGGUUUAAGCAGCAAGACAAUGAUUCAAAACACACCACUAGCAAUUCCACCUCUGAAUGGCUCAAAAAAGUGGUUUUGGAGUGGCCUAGUUAAAGUCCAUACUAAAAUUCAAUUGAGAUGCUGGUGGUUGAACAUGUUUCUUCAAAGACGAUUGGCCCAAAAUUCCUUCACAAUGAUGUAAAAACUCAUUGCCAGUUAUCCCAAAUAUUUGGGAGUGGUGGCAUAGUGGUUAGAACAGGAGGUUUGUGUUCCAGAGGGGACACAAGGUUUGUAUCCCACAGAUUACCACUCUGGGUCCCUGAACAAGACCCUUAGCCCCAGAAUGCUACCCGGGCACCGCACAAUGGCAGCCCACUGCUCCCUAUAAGGGAUGGGUUAAAUGCAGAGGACAAAUUUUGUUGUAAUGUACAUGUGCAAUGACCAAUAAAGAUGAUUAUUAUUAUUCGUGGCAGUCUGAAAAAACAGGUAUUAUUUUUGGGGGGCAAUUACUUUUCUAACUAAACAUAUGAAACCAUUUUAAAACUGCCUUUUAUCUACUCAGAUUAUCCUUAUCUGGUAUAAAAUCUUCUUAAUUAUCUGAGACAUGUUAUUGUGAGAAACAAAAUACCUGUAUGUCCAGUCGAUGGGUUGUAUCUGUUGCAAAUGUAGAAAUGCAGAGAGUUGUGUGGUUGUGAUUUUAUUUCAUAAAAUGUGUAGAAUCCAGGAUUUCCUGUUCACUGUGAUGCUGCCUAGUUCCUUUCCUAAACUGUGCAUUUAUCAAGCUAAGAUUUUCCUUAUUCAGUCAGUUGUUCUAAAAACGAUUUUGAUUGUUUUAUGUUUCUUAAAGGAGAAUCACUGUGUUAUUGUUUAAGAUGCUCUUGAUGGUACGUUUCCGGCUCUAUUUAGCUGAUUCAUCCUUUUCUCUGGUGUUACUUUGUAAAACUGGACGCACCGGCUGUAAAUCUUUAUACAACUGUUCACACCCAUUUACUGUUAAAGAAUCUGUUUAGGGUAUCUCAACCACAAAAUAGUUGCAGAUGAGUGUUCAAAUUAAAUACACGGCUCAUGAGUGUUUAGAGAGUGGUGAGAUUUUAUGUAUGUGUAUCAGUGGUUUGAGUUUGUAUUUGAAAAAUCAACAUAUGGGUCAGUAAUACUGUAUUUUCUACAGCAGCACAAUUUACUCCAAGCCUGUUUGAUUUCCUACAGACGCUCCUCUAGAAAUGAAAGAAAGCUGUGAUUUACGAAUUUCCCUUUAUAAUUUUGGUUCAAUAAAAAUAAGUGUUAACA